UGCUAGUGUCUCCUAGGAGUGGCCCAUGGUAAUAACAGUGUCUUCAAUGUAAAAAUGUGCCUAUCUGUACCGCCAGUAGGGCCUGAACUGGAGGAAACCCUGGGUGCCAGGACUCAACACACCCAUUUCCAAAGAUCUGUUAAAACAUGGUGGAUUACUAUGAAGUUCUAGGAGUACGGAGAUAUGCCUCACUUGAAGACAUUAAAAAAGCUUAUCGUAAAGUGGCACUUAAAUGGCAUCCUGAUAAAAAUCCAGAAAAUAAAGAAGAAGCAGAGAAAAAAUUCAAAGAAGUAGCUGAGGCAUAUGAGGUAUUAUCGAAUAAUGAAAAACGGGACAUUUAUGACAAAUAUGGGAAAGAAGGAUUAAAUGGUAGAAGUGGAAGUCGUUCUGAUGAUGAGUCUGAGUACGGCUUCAUGUUCCGGAAGCCAGAUGAUGUCUUUAGUGAAAUUUUUGGUGAACAGGACUCAUUUUCAUUUCACUUCUUUGAAGACUUACUUGACGAACUUUCAAAUAAUCCAAGAAGUUCCCAUGGAAGUAAAAGCAGAGGUGCAGGAUCCUUUUUCUCUUCCUCCAGUGAAUAUACAGAUUUUGAGAGUUUUUCUUCAUAUGACACAGAAUAUACAUCAUAUGAUUCACUGGGGCAUGAAGGCCUCACUUCAUUCUCUUCCCUGGCAUGUGAUGAUAGUGAGCUGGGCAACUACAUAUCUGUUACAACAUCAGGCAAAAUUGCUAAUGGCAGAAAUAUUAAUACAAAGAAAACUGAGAAUGAUCAAGAAAGAGAAGUUGAACAUGGUGAAUUGAAAUCCUUCCUUGUAAAUGGUAUGGCAGAUGAAGAGCACUUUAAAGAAAGCAGCUGGGGAAGACUGUCACUCAACAAUGAUUCACUGAAUUCCUACACUCCUAAACAUGUAUCUCAAUAUGCUUCUGUGGACAUUAAUGAGCAAGGUGUACCUUGGGUCACCAGCAACUGGGAUCCCUCUAUUUUCUCAGCAGGAUGCAAAGAAGGUGGUAAGAAGAAAAAAAAAAAGCAUAAAGAGGUGAAGAAGAAGUCAACCAAAAGAAAUCGUUAAGUUGACUCUUCAGAGAUAUUAUGCUCAUAUAACAUUGGAACACAACUGUGUGCGUGUUCUGGUUAAUCACACAGUUGUGUUUAAUAUAUACUAAGAUCAUGUUUUUAACAUUUUUGG